UCGAUCAAUGAAACAUCGGCUCGACGCAGGAUUUCAAUAGAACGAAAAACCUCGUAAGUAGUAGUAAUUGAAAGCCCUGGGACUGCAACCGGAACUACCCGAUCCGCUGAAAUACGAUACGAAGGAAGAAAGCUCAAUACAGGUUCGAAGCUUCAAACAGAGCCAGCGAAUCCACGCAUGGACAGAUCGAGGUAGCAACACCACUUUAGGAGAUUAAACAAAUGUUCAGUGCUCUAGUGAGGAUUGAAGUUCUAAAUAAAGAAAUUGGCUUUUGAUAGGCUGGAAUCGGAUCAUUGUGCAAUGUUAUGUUUUUCAAUCCAAAACUGAUUCGUUUCGUUGGUAGAACCCACGCCAACUCUUUUCUCUAAAUAAUAGAGAGAUCUUUUGAUAGAAGUUUGACUUCUAUCAAUGCAAUGAAAGAACUAUCCCUUCCUAUUUGUUUGUCCUAAUGAGACAAAAAAGAGCCUCCUUCUUUACCACUUUAGGGGAUGGGGGUGAAGGGGGGUUUACAUACAACCGGGGCAAAGUGGUUUAUGAUUGAAUCUCAGAGGCAUUCUUAUCAUUUGGUAGAUCCAAGUCCAUGGCCUAUUUCGGGUUCACUCGGAGCUUUGGCAACCACCGUAGGAGGUGUGAUGUACAUGCACUCAUUUCAAGGGGGUGCAACACUUCUCAGUUUGGGCCUAAUAUUUCUCCUUUAUACCAUGUUCGUAUGGUGGCGGGAUGUUCUACGUGAAUCCACGUUGGAAGGGCAUCAUACAAAAGCUGUACAAUUAGGACCUCGAUAUGGUUCUAUUCUCUUCAUAGUCUCGGAGGUUAUGCUCCUUUUUGCUUUUUUUUGGGCUUCUUCUCAUUCUUCUUUGGCACCUACGGUAGAGAUCGGAGGUAUUUGGCCCCCAAAAGGGAUUGGGGUUUUAGAUCCUUGGGAAAUCCCUCUUCUUAAUACCCCUAUUCUCCCUUCAUCCGGAGCUGCCGUAACUUGGGCUCAUCAUGCUAUACUCGCGGGGAAGGAAAAACGAGCAGUUUACGCUUUAGUAGCAACCGUUUCACUGGCUCUAGUAUCCACUGGCUUUCAAGGAAUGGAAUAUUACCAAGCACCCUCCACUAUUUCGGAUAGUAUUUAUGGUUCUACCUUUUUCUUAGCAACUGGCUUUCAUGGUUUUCAUGUGAUUAUAGGUACUCUUUUCUUGAUCGUAUGUGGUAUUCGCCAAUAUCUUGGUCAUCUGACCAAGAAGCAUCACGUUGGCUUUGAAGCAGCUGCAUGGUACUGGCAUUUUGUAGACGUGGUUCGGUUAUUUCCAUUUGUCUCUAUCUAUUGGUGGGGAGGUAUAUGAAAGAAGGGAACGAAUAAGUGGAUUGAGGAAUAAAAGCUCGAAGACAAAGAGAACUUCUCCGGGUGACAGGACCACCCCGGCAGCGUGGCUUCUCUGCCGAGCAGGAAGCCACAAAAAGCAUUGUGCUCUUGUAACUGAUCUUUUAGUAGGCGAAGUUGCCGAAUUCUGAAAUCACUACAGGCACAGUGCAGGAAAUUGUGAGUCCUAAAAAACAGAUGCCCCAUGAUCAUUGACUUACAUCACGAUAUCUUUUUCUUCCUCAUUCUUAUUUUGGUUUUCGUAUCACGGAUGUUGGUUCGCGCUUUAUGGCAUUUCAACGAGCAAACUAAUCCAAUCCCGCAAAGGGCGGAUCUCGACGUUCUCGUCAUGGCCAAAGCGCCUAACGAGGGUGACUUUCCCCUAGACCAACCUCCCGUUGGCGGCUUGCCUGACCUCCGCGAGGAAAUAGCCAGGUCUGCCCCUCAUGAAGCAAUUCUGUCGGAGCUAAGCUCCCGCGUCGAGACAAUUUUCGAGGAAGUAGGAACCCAGGUUCCUUUAGAGGAAGGGCAGUCUUUGCGCGAUUUCACACAAACUCAGGUCUUAUGGGAUGGAGAGGGCGAGGGUGAAGAUACUCUUCAGGAUAUCUUUCGAGCCUACCUGGAAGAGGGAGAGGAAAGCGAGUUCGUUAGAACCGCCGCGAAUCUGGCGAGAAAAUAUCGUCACGCGGAGCUAGGAGAGCCUGAGACGCCAGAUCCCGAGGAUCCCGUGGUCGAGCCUGAGGCUCAUUCCAUGAAAUCCCUUGAAGGCACAGAAGCAAAUGAUGGGGUUAAGGAGGCAGGCCCGUCUUCUUCGCGGAAGCGUAAAAGGUGGGAUGAUGAUUCGGGGUCCGAAGAUGAUGAUUCGGGGGGAUCUGGGGUUUCUCCGGAUCCUGUUGAGAUCAUUUACGAAGGGGACGCACAAACCUGUCCCGCAGAUGUAGAUAAGAUGCGGAGUAGGUAUCCAUCUUUGCAAAUCGAGAUACCGAGGCCUCCUAUACCUGUAGGGUAGAGGGGGGAUAGAAGAGAGGGUAUGUGGGCUUCUAUCAAAUAGUGAA